UAAGGAAAAAAAAUCCUGUGCUUUCAAAAAACAGCCAUGACUAGGAGAAAAGUGAGGCUUGCUUACAUUGUUAACCCUUCAGAUCGAAAAGCUUCUUACAAGAAAAGGAAAAGAGGGUUGAUGAAGAAAGUCAAAGAAUUAAGUACCCUUUGUGGGAUAGAUGCCGCCGCCGUGCUUUAUGGGCCGUACGAUGAGAAGCCGGAGGUUUGGCCGGAGGAUCCCACCGCCUUGAAUCAAGUCCUGGCAAGGUUUAAGGCAGUACCCGCGUCAGAGAAAGGAAAAAGGAUGGUUGACCAAGAAAUUUUCACUCGACAGAGGAUUGAAAAGACCAAAGAACAGAUUCAGAAAAUCAUGAGGGACAGUCGAGAAACGGAGAUCCGUUUGUUUAUUGAUCAGUGUUUGAGUGGCGAAAACAACCCGGAGAGCCUCAAAUCUCAUGAUUGCAAUGAUGUGGGCUUUAUCCUUAAGCGAAACGUGGCGGAGAUCACUCGGAGGCUGGCGGUUCUCAAGAAGCAGGAUGGUAAUGGCGAGGGUGGUGCCGCUGCUGAUGAUGCUGGUGGGCUUCCUCAAGGUGGUGAUAAUGUUCCUCCUCCUGCCCUUAUUCCUGCUCUCCCUGCCCCUAUUCCUGCUUUUCCUGCCCCUAUUCCUUCUCCUGUUGCCCCUAUUCCUGCUCCGCCUGCCCCUAUUCCUGCUCCACCGGCGGAAAUAAGCAUGAUGGCGAUGUUGAUGGAUCCUCAAAUGGAUGGUGUUGCUGGUUCUUCUUCCAUGGUGAUGGCUCCUCCACCUCCGGCAAUGACUGGAAUGAUGCCGAUGAGUAAUGAUGGAUAUCUUCCCUAUAAUCAGGUGCAGAAUUAUGGUUUGUAUGAUCUCGGGUGGCCUUACAACGACCCUUUUUAUCAGCAGAUGAUACCACCACCACUCAAUGUUGAUUACCAUAACAACCUUGUUGGUGGUGGUGGUGGUUUUAGUGGUGGUUUUAAUGAUGGGGCUGGACCUAGCUAUGGUGGUAAUGGUGACGGUGCUGGAUCAAGCCAUAUAAAUGCUGGUGGUUUCGAUUCAAACUAUUUCAACAUGAUGAAUAACAAUGGAGCUGGUGGAUCAGGCUUUGGUAGUGGCGGCGUUCCUUAA